AUGCUCAGACUCCGUCGCGGGCCAACCAGGCGAGCAGUCAAACCGAUUCUCGGGUUCCGAAGCUGUUCAUUGGCGAGUCUCAUUCUUUCUCUUUUGUUAGAGAGGCAACUGAAAACCUCCGGUCCACGCCUGGAAUACCUGGUCCUUCGUCUCGGCAAGAGGCGGACGCUCAGUCUGAGCUCCAGUUUCUAUCAACGUCCCUGA